AAAAAAUAACAAAUUAUUAAAUAUAAAAGAUAAUUUCUGAUUUUAAUUGAUUUUGAAUUGAUUAGUGAUACAAAUUCAAACAUUUCAAACUCUAAUAUAUAGUAAUCCUGGACACUUAACUAUCCUCGAAAGCAAACCAAUGCAACAUUUUUUUGAAACUGUCACACUUAUGCUAGUUCUAAGUGCGUGCUAAAUAGAUUGUUUUCUAUCUAAUGAAAAAAGUCACAAGUCAUCUAUUAAUAUUUAAACAUUAACUAAAAUAUACACGAACUAAGAAAAUAAAUGACGACACAAUUAAAGCAAUUAACACAAUUACAUAUUAAACAAGUUUUAGUAAGAACUAAGUGCAAAAAUGCGGAGUGUAGAGUACAGAAAAUCGUUUUAAAAUUCUAUAAAUAAAAAGCUUCUAACACUUUACGAUUGAAUUUUUAAUGUUUGCGUAUUAAUAUUCGGCUCCCAAACACACAAACGCAUAUUGAUAAGCGAAUUUUAUAAAUUAUUUGGGUUUUGUUUUUAUUGUAUCUUUUGCGUUUGCUUCCAUCAAAUUCAAACUUUAGCAAAUAUAUUUUUUUUCUUCCAUAAAACAGUUGAAUAGUUGUUCGCAAACUCUUGCUAAUGUACGAACAAGUUCUUAACUUGUUCCGGAAAAUUACUUAAAUUUAAUAGUGUUUUUUGUUAUAAAUUAAAUUAAAAAUUACCAAAAAUGAUAAGCAGCCUGGCACGUAUGCGUUUGAUUACAUUCGAUGUAACCAACACUUUGCUGGUUUAUCGCAGCAGCCGGGUUAAGCAAUAUGGUGAGCUCGGCGCACUUUUCGGAGUACUCUGUGAUGACAAUGAUUUGGCUAGAAAUUUCAAAUCGAAUUGGCAACGUUUAAACAAAACAUAUCCAAAUUUUGGACGUAAAUCUAAUAUUGAAUAUCAGCAAUGGUGGCGUUUAUUGGUACAAGAUACUUUUGCUGAUAGCGGUGCAAAGAUACCGGCCGAAAAACUGGAGGACUUUACAGAGCAUUUAGUUGAGUUAUAUAAGACAAGCAUGUGUUGGCAGCAUUGUAAUCAUAGCAUUGAAUUGCUAAAAGAAUUACGUAAGCAACAGCAGCUGGCAGUUGCAGAAUCACGCAAACCUCCUGUUUUGGGCGUUAUAGCUAAUUUCGAUCCACGUCUCGAUACGGUUUUAACGAAUAUGAAAAUUAAAGAAUAUUUUGAUUUUACACUAAACUCGUACGAUUGUGAAGUGGAGAAACCGAAUAGAGAAAUUUUUGAAAUGGCCAUAGAACGCUCCAAAUUGAAUGAACUGAAACCAGAUGAGUGUUUGCAUAUUGGUGAUGGACCCACCACCGAUUAUUUGGCAGCAAAAGCUUUAGGUUGGCAUUCUGCACUUAUACACGAAAGAAAUGCAGACUAUCUCAUUAAAAAGUAUGGCGAUAAUAUUGAUAAGAAUUUUGUCUUUGCCAGUUUAUAUGAUUUUCACAAAAAACUAAUACAUAAUAUGAUUAGCUGGUGAAAUUUAAAAUUUUGCAUAUUUAAUACUAUACAUAUUAAUUAACU